AUGAGCAUGUUUAAGCGUGCCAAUGCCACCUAUGAGGCCAAGAACAGUGGCGGUGGCAGCAGCAGGAGCAGCAGCAACAGCACCCAUAUUCACAAGGCAGCCCCGCCACAUGUGUCUUUGGCAAAGCAGCUAUUCCCCUCAAGCAGCCCGUCCCAGAUACAACAUGUCGACAUCAGAGACCAGCUUCAGAAGCGCCCAGGGCCCUCUUUUGGCCGCUCAAGACCGAGCCAGUCCUCUGAACCUGUUCAGCCACCCCUGCGACCGCGGUCCUCGAAUUCAUCUCAGCCAGACCAACAACAUCUGCAGUCCAUCAAUCACUCAGCUGGCAGCAAGCAGUUUGCCUCCCUUUACCGCAACAACGAGAACUCGUUCAAGCAGGAGCCAGACCUCGUAGAUCUCACAGCCGAUGAGGACGUCAAGGUUUCGAAGACGAAAAAGUCUGUUGCGAACGUCGAGUUCUUUGAUGACGACUUCAGUAGUGACGAGGAUCUGGAUCUGGAUUACCAGUGUCCCUCCACCCUACCCGCCCCACUACCACGGGUCGCGUCGUCGAGGACCGGCACUGAUGUCCCUGCCGACAACGCCAGCACAGUAUCUUGGUCGCAGUCGUCGCCCUCUCACUACCAAGCCGCUCAGUCCAUCUCCCAGUCCACUGCUUCGCAGGCAUCAUCCAAACGUUCGGCGCCCGAGAAUGGCUUACGGGCAGCCCAGCCGAUCGCAAAGAAGCGGUUCCUGCCGAAGGAAUACCAGGAGUACGGGAAGGCCAGAGAGGGAUUAGUCCCAGCAUCUGUCUCCCCUGCGAUACAACCCACUUCCAAGAAGGGGCCGCUUGCAUUUGACAUGACGCCCGAGGAUGUCAGAGCUCAGCAGAAGCGGCUCAAAGACAAGACCAAAAAAGCCAUUCCCAAUACGACAGAGACGCCUCCUGAGCUACCUGCUGAGGAGAUACAACAGCAGCCUGUGACAAGCCACACCGUCAAGCAGUCAGCUAUUGCGCUCAGCAACGAACAGGAAGUGGUCAAGGAGCUUGUUUCUUUUGCCCACAUGCUCAAUGAGAUGCGCCUCGGUCGCAUCAGCGAUGACACCGUCCGUGCUUUCAAAGCCCUAGCACGGCCCCUACAGCUCAAGGACGGCCUCGAGGUUACUGAACUACCGCAGGCGAAGAAGAAGCCGUCGUACAUGGACGACCUAGACGACGAUGAGGAGGCCAUGGCAUCUUAUGCGUAA